AUAAAUAAAGUGUAAAUCACAGCAGCUGUGCUAGUUGGAGAUUGGAGUGUGGUCACACGGGAAAGGAACAUGCAUGAAUUUAACUGGAGGGCUUUGGACAACUUCCCUGUACUGCUGUAUAUUCUAGCAGCUAAGACGCUGCUCCUUUGCUUGGGCUUCGCAGCUACAAAGAUGUAUCAGAGCAGGAAAGCAGAGGCAGCUUUGAAAAAGCAACAGGAGCAGAAGAGACUGGCAGCGGUAGCGGCGGCAGCAGAGCACGAAGAGAAGGAAGACACUGACAAGAAAGAGGAUUGAGCUCCUGCUGAGGUGGGGGUGCCUUGUGUUGCUGUCAAACUAGAGAUCAAGAGGAAGGGAGGACGAUUGUGAGCCCUGCAGACUGGCUCUGGCAUGGUCUCAGAAUACCACUGCCAGUUAAACUGCUCAUCAAGUUGCUGAUGGCUGAUUUCAUAGACUGGCAAAGAUGAAUGGCAUUAACAAACUCCCAUGUUUCUCAGUGUUUUUAACCUUUCAGCGCUGGCGUUUUUAAUAAAUGUGUUUUGAGUUGUA